GAGAGAGGCGACGAUUUGGUUGCCGCAUGGCUUUGUGUGCACUCUUUCUUUCUUGUUGCCACUGAGGCGCUCAAAGGAAAAGGGGAUUUUUUUUUUUUUCUUUUCAGAACUUUCUUCGCUCUCCAAUCUACUCGUCUGAAUGCUCGAUUUACUCUCCCCCCCUCUCUCUCUCUAUACUUUCUAGAUCGGAUUCAGCCGCACAGCACACUACCUCAUUUUCUCUCUCUAGAACUUUGGCUGCAUUGAUCUGCUUGGCGGCUUCUACGUGAGGCUGUGUCGGAGAAGAUGCCGGAAAACAAUUUCGAAGUUGGAUUACUAUGCGAGUUUGGUUCUGAUUUUGCGCUGCAUUGUAAUUUGAUGACUUGAAUCGCUGAACGCCGUUUGGGUUUCGAUUUCUUGGUGUUGGUGAUUGAAAACCCUAAGCCAGAUGUUCACCGACGGACUUGACAAGAAUGCCCUUCGAUGGGUUAGAGAGAGUUCCGGUAAUCAGAAGAAGGGAGUUCCGUACUCAAGUUCAAGCCUACGACCUCGGAUAGAUCCAUAUUCCAACAUCCGGGGUGCUGGUGGUCGAGGUUUUGGACUGCCUCCACCGUCAAAAUUCCGAAGCGGGCACUUGCCCGGUGUAAUUCCGGUUUCAAGGGCUAUUCCUGGUGAUGCAGACGAUAGUAGGUCUGUUUCUGACAAUGACUUAACCAUUGAUUCUGAAGAGGAGGAGGAGGUUUAUGGGGGAAGGUACUCGUUUGAUUCAUCGCCACAAGAUGAUAGAGUUCCCGCCAAUGCUGGUGCUAGAUAUUACUAUGGUUCAGCUCAGAGGCAACCCCAUUAUGCCAGUGAUUCUGUGUACUCUGACGAUGUUAGCUCAUCUGUGGAUACAAUUGGGAGAGGCCGAGGAAUCGCAAAGGAAAGACUGAUGCAGAGAAACAAUAGAUACCCCAUUGGAAGGGAUAGUUAUGCUGAGGAUGAUUCGUCUGAUUCUGCUGCUAGCUCAGAAUUUUCAAGCUCACAAGUACAGAGCAAACAUGGAGCUGGGCCUUGUGCAAGAGCAUUCGUACCAGAGGGUUAUGCAUCCAGUGUUCCUUCUUGGUCGAAUGCAGAAACAGCUGGUGUAAAGGACUCACGUGCUAAAAGCUUGCAGAAUGGAAAACUUUUUGAUGAUGAUGAUAUCCCCAGUGCACCUCCUUUUUGUGGUUCUGCUGGGGAAAUCAAGCAAGAUCCUGGACAAUUGCCAACUGCUAGAGCUGCUUGCAUACCCCGGCAAGCCGAUUCACAUGAAUGUUCAGUCAAAAAUGAUCCAACAAGUUCAGAAAAUGGUCUUCCUCGAGUUAAAGUGCAGGAUACUGCUGGACAAAGGAUGUCUGAUCAGUCUAUGAGGAGUACAGAUGUGGAAAGUGGUGCACCCUCAGGUUCAGUCCCAGCUCGCCUACCUACAUUUCAUGCAAGUGCACAAGGGCCAUGGCAUGCUGUCAUUGCAUAUGAUGCAUGUGUUCGGCUGUGUCUUCAUGCUUGGGCGAAGCAAUGCAUGGAAGCUCCCAUGUUUUUGGAAAAUGAAUGUGCUUUGUUACGCGAUGCAUUUGGCUUGCAGCAAGUGCUAUUGCAAUCGGAGGAGGAACUAUUGGCAAAGCGCUAUUCUGAGCUUGGAAAUGAGGGAGCUGCCCCAAAACCUAAGAAAAUGGUGGGGAAGAUGAAGGUGCAAGUUCGGAAGGUGAAAAUGGCUCUGGAUCCACCCACAGGCUGCAGUUUUUCAUCACUUAGGACACCAAAGAUAAAAAUGGAGUCUGUGCGAUAUCGUUUUUCUAGUUUGCAGUCAACAAUUAACUCAGGGUGGCAGGCGCUUCGAAAAGUUCGUUUUGUUGCUCGUGUACCUCCAAAUGGUUCUUUUUCACACCAGAGCUUGGCAUAUGUGCAGGCCAGUGCUCAGUAUGUGAAACAGGUCUCUGGACUUCUGAAAAUUGGUGUACAAACUCUGCGCAGUAGUUCGUCAUCUUAUGAAGUUGUUCAAGAAACAUACUCCUGUUUGUUACGCUUGAAAAGUUCAAGUGAAGAGGAUGCUAUUCGAAUGCCACCUGGGUCUGGUGAAACCCAUGUAUUCUUACCAGAUAGCCUAGGAGAUGAUCUAAUUGUUGAAGUCCAGGAUUCCAAGGGAAAGCAAUUUGGUCGUGUCAUUGCUCAAGUGGCUGCUAUUGCUGAUGAUCCGGGUGACAAGCUAAGGUGGUGGUCUAUUUAUCGUGAACCACAGCAUGAGCUUGUAGGCAGACUACAACUCCAUAUUAGUUACUCAACAAGCGUAGAUGAAAAUAACCAUCCUAAGUGUGGCUCUGUUGCUGAAACAGUGGCAUAUGACCUGGUACUAGAAGUUGCAAUGAAAAUUCAGCACUUUCAACAGAGACAUUUAUUACUGCAUGGCCCCUGGAAAUGGUUGCUAACUGAAUUUGCAUCCUAUUAUGGGGUUUCAGAUGCUUACACCAGGCUAAGAUAUCUUUCUUACGUCAUGGAUGUGGCAACACCAACAGCCGAUUGUCUUGAGCUGAUAUAUGAUCUGUUAUACCCUGUAGUUAUGAAGGGCCAGAGCAAGAAUACAUUGAGUCAUCAAGAGAACCGGAUUUUAGGAGAAGUUGAAGAUCAAAUCAACCAGAUUCUUGUUCUGGUUUUUGAGAACUUUAAAUCUUUGGAUGAGUCUGUACCAUCAGGAUUGAUGGAUGCUUUUAGGCCUGCAACUGGGCUUGCAGCACCUGCAAUUGGACCUGCUGUGAAACUAUUCACCCUUCUGCAUGAUAUAUUGUCUCCUGAGGCUCAGAACAAAUUGUACUGCAAUUUUCAGGCUGCUGCAAAGAAGAGAUCAAGAAGGCACUUGAUGGAGACAGAUGAAUUUGUUACUGGCAACAAUGAAGGCAUUUUGAUGGAUGCAGUUACCAUUUCGACUGCUUAUCAAAAGAUGAAAUCCCUAUGUCUGAACGUCAGAAAUGAAAUUUUCACUGAUAUAGAGAUCCAUAAUCAACACAUACUCCCUAGUUUCAUAGAUCUUCCAAGUCUUUCAUCAGCAAUAUACAGUACGGAACUUCGUGAUAGACUGCAUGCGUUCCUCACUGCAUGCCCUCCAGCUGGUCCUUCUCCUCCUGUGGCAGAACUUCUCAUUGCAACAGCAGAUUUUCAAAGGGAUCUUGCUAGCUGGAAUAUUAGCACUGUCAAAGGUGGAGUAGAUGCCAAAGAAUUAUUCCAUUUGUAUAUUAUGCUCUGGAUUCAAGAUAAGCGCCUUUCGAUGUUAGAGGCAUGCAAAUUAGAUAAGGUUAAAUGGUCAGGAGUCAGGACACAACACUUAACAACACCUUUUGUUGAUGAAAUGUAUGAACGCCUGAAAGAAACAUUGAAUGACUAUGAAGUUAUCAUAUGUCGCUGGCCAGAAUACACUCUUGUUUUGGAGAAUGCCAUUGCUGACAUAGAAAAGGUCAUUGUGGAGGCCCUAGACAAGCAGUAUGCGGAUGUCCUGUCACCAUUGAAGGAAAACUUGACACCAAAGAAAUUUGGUCUCAAGUAUGUGCAGAAGCUUGCCAAACGAUCUACGUGCCCAUAUCUAGUCCCUGAUGAGCUGGGAAUUCUUUUGAAUUCGCUGAAGAGGUUGCUUGAUGUCUUGCGCCCUAAGAUAGAACAGCAUUUGAAGUCAUGGGGUUCUUGCAUCCCUGAUGGGGGCAACACGGCCCCUGGAGAGUGCCUGAGUGAAGUUACUGUGAUGCUUAGAACCAAAUUCAGAACUUACUUGCAAGCAGUUGUUGAGAAGCUUGCAGAAAAUACAAGGUUACAAAAUGCAACAAAACUGAAGAAGAUUCUCCAAGAUUCUAAAGAAAGUGUGAUAGAAUCUGAUGUGGGGAGUCGAAUGCAGCCACUGCAGGAUCAGCUGACAAGUACAAUAAAUCACCUCCAUACUGUCUUUGAGAGUCAUGUUUUCAUUUCAAUCUGCCGGGGCUACUGGGAUCGGAUGGGACAGGACAUUCUGAGCUUCUUGGAGAACAGGAAAGAGAAUAGGUCAUGGUACAAAGGUUCCAGAAUCGCUCUUUCUAUGCUGGACGAUACCUUUGCAUCACAGAUGCAGCAGCUACUGGGGAAUGCCCUUCAAGAGAAGGACCUGGAGCCCCCCAAAACUGUUGUUGAAGUUCGAUCUAUGCUGUGCAAAGAUGCAGCUACUCACAAGGGAAACUCGUACUACUACUAAACUAAAUUCUAACUAAUUUCUGUAUGUAGAUAUAUGAGCGAGGAGUCGGCAGAGUUGCAUUGAUAAGGAAAAUAGGAGGGGAAUAGGAUCAUAUAUGAACGUAUCUCGGCCAAAAAUACAGACGACCCGGCAAAUUUUGUAUAGGAAGCAGCUGUUGCAGUUACUGCCCAUCCACCCUCGGAUGGUGUUUCUUCAUAAGUAAUUCUUUUGUUAAAAUAUAUGAUAAGAUUAUAGUAUUUAGCUGAUAUUCUUUAAGAUCAAUGAAAUUUACAUCUUUUUCCUCAA